AUGCACUCACACGGGUGAGCUCGCACGGACCCCGUUUUAUGCCCGAAGCGCCGCAAGGCAGUUCGGGCACUCUCUGUCCGCUCACCUCAUUCCCCAGCAGUCUACACGGAGCGAUGGAGUGGAGUCAAGAGCUGCUCCCAUUGUUGGGCUACUUUCUUCUCAUCUUGGUGCUUCUCGUCCUCAUCUCGCCCAACUUCUUGCCGUCAUCGACUCCCUCGCGACGAUCACAGGUGACGAGUGGGGCAGCAUCCUCGAGUGCCACGUGCUACCUCGGGUUGGCGAUUCUUUCGCUCGGAUUUACAUGGACGUACAUGUUCAAGUACUUUCAGAGGUCGUUCGAAGUUGCGGGUAUGUCCCUUCCGUUGCCUUCCGCACGCUGACAGAGGCCCCACACACUGACUCGCGCUUUCCAACGCCCUCUUCCCGGUCCAACCAGCGGCACGAGCGGGCUCCAACGCCUCAAAGUACACGGCCAAGGAAUGGCUCGCAUCGACAUCCCUGUUUGUCGAGGCGUGGCACCAAGUCGGCGCGACGCCCAUGGCGUGGUGGUGGAGUCAAGUCUUGUGCGCCUGGACAGCGGGACCCAUCACCGGCUUUUGGUAUUUUGAAGGUACAUUCCCCAUCUCGUCACGCACAUCCUCCUAAGGCUGAAGCCUCUUCUCGUUUCUACAAGGUCAACGCCAUCGGAUUCGCCGCGUCUGGGCUUUCAUGUUGCUCGGCCAAGUCGUGGCCAUAUCAUUCGCGCAAAACCUCUUCUUCCUCGCCCUCGCCCUCUCUCCUCCAACCCUUUCCCCAAAAGCCAUCACUACUUCCCCUCUCUUGAUCUGGUCGACCCUCUUAUCCUUCCUCACCAUCGCUCUAGUCCCAUCAACAAUUCACAAACCGACAUUCCUCCCCAACCUCCUCCUAAUGCACAUACUCCUCCUCCUCCCUCUCCUUCCCGGAUCCACUCGAGCCUCUCGCAAAUCCCCCUUGUCUCCCUCAACGCUCUACCUCCUCUACUCCCUCCUCUCACUCGCCCUCCGCUACCCAACAUACCUCACCCUUCCCUCCUCGUCCACGCAAACCCCUCUUCAUCUCCUCUCCUCCACCAUCCAAACUUUAUCCUCUCACCCCGCCCAAUCCAGUAUCAGCUACGACGUCAUAUUCGCCUUUUUAUCUAUGCUCAUCUUCAUCAUCCUCGAAGGGAAAGAGGAUCGUUCUCUCGUGGAUUGGAUCGGAGUGGUAGCGAUCGCCGCGACGACUCCUUUCUUGGGUAUCGCGGCGACUUCGGGGUUUUGGCUCGCGAAGAGAGAACGAAGGAUCGCGAGGAGGGUGCAGAAGGGGAAGGCGAAGGAGGUUGAUGAAGGUGGGGUGGGCAAGGUUGAGUGA